GUUUAAUAGCUGUACAACGAGCGGGAAUCCAAGUCAGCAAGUGCAUUUCUGCGGAUAAUGUCCUCUGUUUUUUGGUGUCAAAGUUUAAAUUGAAGGAAAGACGGCUUCUUGCGAAGGUGUAUUUGGAGUAAAUUCAACGUGGACCAAGCUUAAUAGAGAAUACUUGCCAACAAAUCGGAAAGGAUUUUUAUCAAAUUCUAGCAACAGAAAGAAAAUGCCUCGUUUUGAUGUUGAUUAUCAUAUAUCGUUAAUCGCUAUUGCUGUUCUCGUCGUUAUUUCAAACUCUUUCGUUAUUUUACUUUUCGUUUGCAAGGAAAAGCUCCGUACGGGGGGCAAGCUCCUUUUGUUCAGUCUAGCGAUAUCUGACGUCACCACAGGACUUGUUACCAUUCCCUUGAAUAUCGGAUGCGAGGUGACCUUUUCUCUUGAGUUGUGCAUGACGUCAGGAAUGCUGAAUCGUUUCUUAGCCGUUUCUACUGUUUUUCACAUUCUGGCGGUAACAUUUGAAACGUAUUAUGCUAUUCUGUGGCCCAUGGAACACAAAGUGAAGGUAGAAAAGAAAAAGAUUCUCGGCAUAGUUGCAGUUAUUUGGCUUGUAUCCCUCAUCAUCUCUCUAGUACCCUUAACCUGGGCCAUUGGUACAAUUACGAGUAUUACUCAACGUCCCACAGAUCAGUUUUAUUUCAAGAUGGCCGUUUACGAAAUAUUCGUCAUGUCAUUUGCGUUCUUUAUCCCGCUCGUUAUGAUGUUUGUCGCGCAUGCGCGCAUGUUCAGAAGGAUCGCAAAGGCGCUGGACCUAAUGCGACGUCGCUCACCUAACGCUUGCAAGAAUAGAGUGACGAGGAAUAAUUAUAAGUCAGCUGUUCUUUCAGUGUUAUUAUUUGUGUUUACUUUGUGUUGGGUAUUUUGGUUUAUAACUAGCUUGCUAAAGACCCUCCGUCAUGUUCGGCAUCCCUUACCGCUAUGGUUGAUCGACGCGCUCACCAUUGUACGGUAUACGACCUCCUUCAUAAACCCGCUGCUUUACACAUUUUUCCGACCGGAUUUUCAUACGGCUUUCAAGCUUUUAUGGAUUGGCCGUAAAAGGCGAAUGCCAAGCAUCACUGUUACGUACAUUCCUAAUAACAAUAGUAACCGAACUAAUAGAGAGUCGCAAGUGACCGGAACAUUUUUUCAGGAAUCAAGCACCACGCCAAUUUUGUUUAUAAAUACAGUUCAAGAAGGUGGUAUCAAACCGAUAUUGUCGAGCACUGACCACCAAGAAGCAGAUGCUACUACACCAAUGUUAUCUGGUAACGAUUUUCAAGAUUCGAGUACCACAACAGUGUUGGUUAUCAAGGAUGCCAGAAAAUCGAGCACCAUACCGAGGGUGACAAUAGAUGAAAGCCAAGAAACCGAUACUAAACCGAUGUUAUCCAUCAAUGGUAGCCACGAAUCAAGCUCCACAUCAACAUUUGAAAUCGAUGAAAGCCAAGAAACCGAUACUAAACCGAUGUUAUCCAUCAAUGGUAGCCACAAAUUGAGCAUCGCACCAACUUUGACAAUCGAUGAAAGCCAAGAAACCGAUACUAAACCGAUGUUAUCCAUCAAUGGUAGCCACGAAUCAAGCUCCACACCAACAUUUGCAAUCGAUGAAAGCCAAGAAACCAAUACUAAACCGAUGUUAUCCAUCAAUGGUACCCACGAAUCAAGCUCCACACUAACAUUUGCAAUCGAUGAGAGCCAAGAAACCGAUACUAAACCGAUGUUAUCCAUCAAUGGUAGCCACAAAUCGAGCACCACGCCAACAUUUGCAAUCGAUGAAAGCCUAGAAACCGAUACUAAACCGAUGUUAUCCAUCAAUAGUACCCACGAAUCGAAUGCAACUCAUAUGUUGUCAACCUACGAUUUGCAAAGUGCCGCGUCGUUUAAGUACGAAGGAAAAACUACAGACGUUUGAACAAUUGAUGUCAAAACACCUUCAUGUCAAUGAUGACAUCGAACUUACGCUUACGUAGCACGCCAAAAAACAGACUUUCGGAUUGAUUCAAUACUUUUGCUUGUUAUAAUUGAUAUAUAACUGCAUUGUAUUUCUUAUUGAUUAUUUUUUUCGUAAUCCUGCCUUAAUUUUGUUUUAUCUUUACGGAGAAAAGCAGUCUGUGGGAAACUAAAAAACGAUUUAUUUUGAUGUUUGAAUUUUAUUCUUUUGUGAGCUAAUAAUAAACAAUGUACUAAAAUUUUGUUUCCAUUGCUACUUUGUAAGAUUUAGCAUUGUCGGACACUCGUGAAUGCUCGUGAAUGCUCGUGAAAACACUAUUUCAUGUUUUAUCUGGCUCCUUUAGUUAUAAUGAAUAAACUAACGUAUUAAGUUUACAUGUAAACAGAUUAAAAUACUCUGAUACUUUGAUUCUUCAAA